AGUGCUCUAAAGAUGCGUGGUCUCUUUGCUAGUUGUGCGCUCGUUGCACUGCUCCUGGCCGUAGCCUUGGCCGACCACCACCACCACCACAGCUCUGCACACAGCGACGAGGAGCACGAUAGCUGCCACAAGCUCUCUGCUCCUAAUGCUGACUUUGCUGUUGUCCUCUACAAAAGUCUGAAUGCCAAGACUGCUGCUGGAAACAACAUCUUCUUUUCGCCACUGGGCAUCUCCACUGCCCUGUCCCUGCUAUCUACUGGAGCCCGCGGUGAAACCCACAGCCAGCUGUUCUCCAGCCUGGGCUACAGCACCUUAAACCAGACUCAGGUCAACGAAGCCUACAAGCAUCUUUUUCACAUGCUUGGAGAAAGCCAGGAGAACCAAAAGCUGGAUGUUGGCAAUGCUGCUGCGGUGCGCUCCGGCUUCAGUCCUCUGGAGGAGUUCUUAAAUGACAUCAAGCAGUACUACUCUGGUGAAAUCUUUCAAGUUGACUUUACCAAACCUGAAGAGGCUGCAGCUGAAAUCAACAAACACAUUGCCAGCAAAACCCACGACAAGAUCAAAGACAUGGUGAAGGACUUGGACCCUGAAAUGGCAAUGGUCCUUAUCAACUACGUCUACUUCAGAGGACAGUGGGAGAAACCUUUCGACGGUAACAUAACACGCAAAGAGGAAUUCCAUGUGGACGGAAGCACCACAGUUGAGGUGGACAUGAUGAGGAAGACGGGACGCUACGACUACUACAGAGACGACGGGAACCACGCCACCAUUUUGCUGCUGCCAUACAAGGGCAACACCUCCAUGAUGAUUGUUUUCCCCGAUGAAGACAAAAUGAAUCAGGUGGAGGCUGUCAUCAGCAAAGAUCAACUCAGGCGCUGGCACGAUUCCUUCUUCAGGACUAACGUGAAUCUUGGCAUGCCAAAGUUUUCCAUCUCUGCCAAAGCCUCCCUAGAUGACACACUAAAAGAAAGUGGAAUAACGGACGCUUUUGGAGACAAAGCUGAUUUUUCUGGCAUGUCUAAUGAGGUCCCGCUCAAAGUCUCAAAGGUGUCUCACCAGGCGGUGCUAAGCGUGGAUGAAACAGGAACGGAGGCUGCUGCUGCCACCACUGUAGAGAUCAUGCCAAUGAGUCUGCCCCAAGCUAUAACACUCAACAGACCCUUCCUGCUCUUCAUCCUUGAGCAUUCAACAAGGAGCAUCCUCUUCAUGGGCAAGAUCAACAACCCCACAGCCUAA